AUGAGCGCUGUUGACGUUUUCUUCUUCUUGAUCACUAAAGGAUCACGAUCGAGCCCGAACAGCACACACUGCCCCCUGCUGCAGCAUGGAGGCAGGAGCAGGAAUGGCACAACAAGCUGCAACAUGACCGGUGACUUCACUGUGAGUGAAGCAAGGUGUGAUGACUUGGAGUCGUUAAAGGGAGCGAGCACAAGACCGGAAGGUAAAGUUAGGCGGCUCUUUAAGUGAGUUAUGGGAUGGUCUUCGUUUUCCAGUUUAAAGAGGAAACUAUCUUUGAGUUGUUUUUGCUUCUUCCGUGCGCAAACGUGCGCUCAGCGGGCGAUGCCAGUGUCUCUGUGGCGCACAGGACUGCUGCUCAGCUUCCUCGGUUUCUGCGCCUGUCUGGAAGAAGAGUGCGUCCUUGGCAUAGUUGGACAGCCAGUCUCACUGCCCUGUGUUUACCCCGAGUUAUUGACCUUUGUGAAUGUUUCCGUUGAGUGGAGGAAAGGUGACGAAGUGCUGCUCAGAUCAGUGUGGAAAAAAGAUGGAGAUGUGGAGGAAUGGAGCAUAAACAGGGCCACGACCCCCGCUGAUGCAGCACUGACUGGAAAUGUCUCUCUGGAGCUGCCCGCAGUUGAUGCUACAGAAAACCACACAUAUUACACUCUAUUCAUCAUUUCAGGGGAGAAUCAAAGCUCGGAGCUGUGCACCGUGUGCCUCAGGACAGCAGCCCAUUUCAGCUACCCACUGCUGCAGAGAGGAGAGGCAGGGCAUGGAGAGGAGACGGCCUUCUGGUGUCACUCCAGUGGAGGUUUUCCUGAACCUGCAGUUUACUGGCUCAUCAACAACACAGAGGAGCCCCCCGAAGGCUCAGUGAGGACCCUGACAGCAUCACUCCCAGACUCCCUUCUGUACAACGUCACAAGCCACCUGAAGGUCAACGUUUCCAAAGACGCCAGCGUGACGUGCAUCAUUGAGAACCUGUCCAUCAACGAGACCCUCACAUCCACAAACAACGGAGUGAAGGGCAGCCCGGUGGGGAGUCGAGCAUCAGAGGCCAUGUGGAUAUUCAGCACAGGUCUCUGUGUGGUGAUCGGGCUCAUGGUGCUGGCAGGAGUCAUCUACCAGAUUCACCUGGACAGGAUCAGUAAGAAGAAGAAGAAAGUGUUCGAAAAGGAGCAUCUUAACAGAGGAUACAAAAGGAGAAUGCGGUACAAGGAGGAAGAAAUUGAGGUGAUGAAGCCAGAGAAAGAGACGGAUGUGUGAAAAAAUUCCUUGAUAAACUGUCACUUUUAUAACCCACAGAGCACUGAUUUGUAAAUAUGUAUAUGGUGGGUUCACCACUUCAAUAUUCAAUACGAGUGGUGGGUUUUUAAACAGAAUAUAAAGAUACAGGUAUAAGUAUAGGUACUAGAAGUUAACAAGGCAUCUCGCCACUUCACUUUCUGACAAUUCUGCUAUGUUAACUGGACUCUCAUUUUCUGUUGUAGUGUUUAAAGAUUUAAUAAA